AUAGAUUACUCUUUUUCCGUUUUACUUUUUCUCUUUUAUUUCGUUUUCUUCUUCUUUGAUUAUAUUUUCUACCCCAUUUUCUCUUUACUGUUGUUUUAAUCAUUAUUUUGAUGGAGAAACAACAUGAUCAAUAUCAAGACCCUUAUUCUACUACAAAACGGAUGCGCAUGACAUUGGCUUGUGAACGUUGUAGAGCAAAGAAAGUCAAAUGCGAUUUUUCACAUCCCGCCUGUCGACGUUGUGAGAACUUGAAAGUACCAUGCUCUUAUACUGGAUCUUCUACUCAAAUCGAUAUAUUCAACCUUGUUCAAUUGAACGAAACAAUCAACAAACUGAACAACAAGGUAGAAACUGUGGAAGAACAAUUGCAAGCAAUGAAGAAUGAUACGCAAUCUAUUCUACAAGAACUGAAGGCGAUACGAUCUGGUAGUCUUACUUCUUCUCAUUUUACCAAUAGUAUCAAUACAUCGUCUCCUGUCUUAUCUCAAACCAAACCUACUUUGUUUUCUUCAGAAUUGAAAACUAACUGGGCCUUGUCAUUUACUACAACUGGAUUACGAAUUGAUACCAACAUCUUUUCUUUACAAGAUCUACAUGAUAUUCUUUUAUCGGGUGCAUCAGAAUUCCAACGUCAUCAACUUUCACAUUCAUCGCUUAGUUCUCGUAUAUCACAGCAAAAACAUGAAUCAAAACAACAACAACAAGAAGAAGAAAAACGAUAUGAUGACCAACUUGAAGAUGAACAAAGCAGUGGAUACGAAAACACGACCAUCAGCAACGAUGAAUCAUCAAUUCAUUCUUCUUCUUCCUCUGCAUUCUCAAAAUUGACUGAUCAUGUGAUUGUAGCAAAGACACAUCCUCUUUACAAAUCCAAAGGUAUAAUCUUUCCACUGUAUAGUGCUUGGGAAUCAACACACCAUCAUCAACAUUUGCAAUUGGCUCAUUCCAAAUCAAAUUCACCUUUGACCGUACAGUCAUCAAUCGCGACAUCCAAUUCCAACAAUUACACUCGUUACAACAAUUGUAACAACAGUGACAAUAAGAAGAGUAUGGUUUCUCAACAGACGUCCAUGGAUCCAGAUGUUAUCGAUCAGUUAUUCCAACAUUAUGCCGAGUGUUUCCUUUGCUUUCCGUUGCCAGAUACCGACUCGUUCUUGACAACUUGCCGUCACUCUUUGCAACAACAACAACAACAACAGCAGCAACAACAGCAACAACAGCAACAACAGCAGCAGCAACAACAAAAAAAAAGACAACUCCAAGAUGAUGAUACUCAGAAUAGAAUAAAUGCACUUUUAGCUAAUGCAGUUCUUGCUUGGUCUGCGCGACAUGCGGCCAUCUAUCAUGAUAUGUUUCCCGGUCAAGAUCCAAACAUGGUUGGUGAAUGUUACUUUGAUCAAGCCAAGGAAUUACUUCGGGAUUGUUUCCUAAACUCAACAAUGGAUACGGUGCACGCUCUUCUCUUGAUGUAUAUCUAUAGCAUUGGCAAGACGGGUUCUGGACGCGCUCAAGCGGGCUCUGAAGCGUAUGUGUUUUUGGGAUUGGCUAUUCGUAUGGCAAUGGAUAUGGGUUUACAUCGACAACCAUCAUCUACCUCAUCUUCAACUUUGUCAUCGUCAGCAGCAGCAACAUCAGUAAUAUCGACAUCAGCAGGAGAUAUGCAACUAGGGAAAGAAGGACAAUCGACUGAUAUUACGAAAGACUCGAUGGAUGAUAAUUCAAACAACAACGUGAAAGAGGGAAAAAGGCUUCAAACAGUACAGCAGCAACAACAGUAUCAACAACAUCAACAACAAAAGGAUGACGAAAAAUAUUCAAUCAUGCUCGAAAAACAACGACGUUUAUUUGCCGCCAUUGAAUUCAUGGAAACCCUUUGUGCUAGUCAUUCUGAUAAACCAAUGAUGUUACCACCAACAGACGAUGUCACCAUUGGACCACCAACAAGGAUGUUACAAGAACAAGGAGAACAACGAUAUCGUGUUGAAUUCACCAUCUAUCGACAUCAGAUCAGCCAAAUCGACCGAUGUAUCCAUGAUAACAUUCUGUCAUCUGUCAAAAACCCAAGUUUGUCCUCUAUCUCUCAUUUGGAACGACGUUUGAAGGAUUGGUAUCGUGACUUGCCCAGCUACUUUCAGUAUGAUCGACAUCGAAAUUGGCGCAGUACAUCUUUUCGGGAACAAGCCUGUCUAAAACUUACAUUCGAAUAUCACUUCCAAAUGUGCCAAUUGUAUUCCAUGUUUUUACCUCGGUUGGAUGAAAUAUCAUCAUCUUUGUCUGCCAUUGCUUUGUUGUCUCUUCGGAUAUGUGUGGAUGCGGCGGAUAGUAUCACGGAACUUUUGGAACAUUGGGCGCAGCUUGAGCAAACUUGGUGUCACUUUACUUUGGGAACCUUGGUGAUGGCUUGUGGUAUCUAUAGCAGCUGUCAACUAUGCAAUUCCUCUCCUGACGUGGUGGCAAAUACCAAACGACAAAUGAUGCGGAUCCAUACAGUAUUAAAAACUUCACCUGUUCGACAUCACAAAUACGUUAGAGCUCUAAUGGAACGAAUUGAACGACAUAUCAAGGAUGAUCAAACGGAACAAUCACUGGUAUCUGACGACGGCAUGGAAAAAUUUUCGUCCUUGGAAGGGAAAACAGUAACGGACACAUCGACGAUACCAUCGAUCCCAGCAUCACCAACUCCAGAAGUAGUAGUAGAAGGUCCAACAAUACCAAUAACAGGAUCAGCAUUUGUGCCAUUGGAAUCAUCAGCUUCAACCCAACAACGGAAAAUCUCGACAGAAACAUUGGUUGUACGAUCAUCACCUUUUACAAUAGCAACAUCAAUGUCAAGCACAUAUCUUCCACCAUUACAAUCUGGUCUCUCUAGUCUCGGCGAAAUACCAUCUUCAUCUUCCUUGUUACAUUCAACUACGGACAACAAUGCCAUCAAUGCAUGGUCAUGGUUUAAUCAGCAACAACAGCAACAUCAACAACAACAACAGCAACAACAACAACAGCAACAACAACAACAGCAACAACAGCAACAUCAUCAACAGCAACAUCAACAACAACAACAUCAACAACAACAUCAACAACGACAUCAACAACAACAUCAACAACGACAUCAACAACAACAUCAACAACAACAUCAACAACAACAUCAACAACAACAACAACAACAGCAACAACAGCAACAGCAGCAGCGAUACCAGCAGAAACAUCAAGGACUGAAUGCAGGAAGGAUAACAGCAGAAGAAGCAGCGGCAGCAGCGGCAGCAGUAGCAUCAGCCUCAUCCACCACUAUGUCAUCAAUGGAUUCAACGUUCAACUUUAACGAUGAUGUUCAUCUGUAUGAUCUUUUCAAAUUUGCAGACUUUGUAUAUACACCUACGAUGGAUUCUCACCCUCCUCAUAGUAAUAGUAAUAGUAGUAGUAGUAGUUAUAGUCAUCCUCCACCUUCAAUUUAUUCGUCUUCUUCAUUUCCUUAUGAAUAAAAAAAAAUAUUUAUUUUAAAAUAUAAGUGUUUACUUUUAUGGGAACGGAGAAAAAUUCAAAAUGGGAUGUGGGUAAAAACGGACAAAUCGGGAUCACUGUUAUCAGUUCAAGAAAUCAAAAAAGUGGCUAGGUUGGAUUUUUUUUUUUGGGGGGGGGGGAGAGGAAAAGAUGUUCGAAUCAUGUGAAUAAAAGCAACGAUCAGUAACACAAACGAAUCAACCAGGGCACAUGGUUGGCAUAUCAUCAUCCUUCAUAUUUU